CUAGUUUAAAUAUUCAGCUAUUUUUCUCUGUGGUCGACUAGUUGUACUGGAGUCCACUGCACAGCUAUGCUGCACAGUGAAAGCGUCAGUCGCAGGUUCACCGACUGUUGAUGGACACAGUGAAUUGGAUUUUAAAUGUUUGUUAUUAUAGAGAUAUUUGUAAAAAAUAGGCCAGCUGUCGAUGCAGGUCGUACACGAAGAAUAUUAACUCCGAGAGGGGUUUGAAUAGUAUUAGCUUGUGUGCUUCUAUAGCAAGCUAUCAACAGGAUAAAGAAGCUAGCUAGCCAUGGUUCUAAUGAUGGAAUCGCAAUGCGAGUAUUUUAUGUAUUUCCCUGCCGUUCCCAUCACGGACCUGUCCGACCCGUCAAAAUACCGAACUCUCCCCCGGCGCAGUCACCUCUACCUCGGCGAAACGGUACAGUUCUUGCUGGUCCUGCGGUCCAGAGAUGGAGUGUCGGGCUCGAGCGGGACAAAGGGAAGCGGGUCAAGUGACAGCGGUACCCGUGCUUGGAAGGAGCUGGUAGGGUCCCUCUCUGCUGUAGCAAGUGUCUGCCCUGGAGAGAGCCGACAUCGCUCCCAACUUCACCCCCACGAGUUCCAGAGAAGCUACAGCGACGACGGUGUAGACGAGGAUCCCGACGAGGUUGACUUUGCUUCGGGUACAGUCCACACAGCCAGAAGGGAGUCCAGGAAUCGAGGUUUCAGAGAAUGCAAGCCACUUCUCAUACACAAUAACACGGGGAGUGAUGGACGGCAGUAUCGGCGCGCACCGGUUCAGGUAAUAUGAAAUUAUGAAUGGCAGUAGUCAUAAUUGGAGGAAAAUAUGGCACAAUGAUUGGACUAUAAACAUAACAACUAGCUAAUAGCGUAUUGAGGUUUAUAAUAGGCUACGUGUACACCUGCUGUGUAAAAUAGGAAGUGCUGACAUUUCCUGAGCAUAUAAGAAAGUGCAACGCUCGUGCAGCAAAGUACAAAUGUAAACCACAACAGUCAACCAGACCUUUUUUCAACUUCCUGCAAGCACUGACCUAUGACAGUUGGAACAAUCUAAAAUACUAUCUGACAGCAGAACUGGGUUCAAAUACUUUUGGGAAUAAUUUCAAAUAACCUACUUUGUGCUUGAUUGAGCAUUCCUGUUGCAAUGGCACUAAUAGAACAGUUCCAAAAAUAUGAACGCAGCCCACCUGGCACUCCAGGCAGACUAAACCAAACGCUCAAAGAAUGUGAAAAAUGUCAAGUAGUAUGUGAACCCAGGUGUGUCUGACAGACAGCUUGUUAUUGUGGCAAGGAGCACAGGUUGGUUCUAGCUACAGUCACUGUGAAAUAGACGCCUCAAACUUUCUUGAGUCUUAACCAACCAACACUUCUUUCGAUUUGUCCAAACUUGACAUUGAGAGAGAGUGGGAGAGGGAGAGAGAGAGAUGGUGUAAGGAGUAUUUGCUCACACUUGCCUGUUAUCAAGCCUUGCAAGACAGACAACAAUAACCUAUUAAUUAUUUUCAGACUACAUUGGCAGAGAAUUCAGACAUACAUGCCAACUCAACCUCAUAGCCAAACAAAUUAACUUAACCUUGAGGUGUUGGCAAUCCAGGGUAACAAUCACCCACUAUGAAAGUCAAUAGUAAGCAUGGGACAAAUAGAGCGAAUGAAUGAGUGUUUGUUGCACACACUCCUAUUUGCCAUAUCCUUUGUGAAAGAUAGAUCCCUCUUCUUCUAUUACAUUUGACCAUAAUAAUAGUGUACUAGCAGGUGGAAUGACUCACAUCUCAAUCGGUAAUCUAUAGUGCAAAUAUAGAAUACAAACUUUCUUUGUCCAUACAUCCUCCUCCUCCAUUGUUUACAUAAUCCUCUCUCUCUCUCUCUCUCUCUCUCUCUCUCUCUCUCUCUCUCUCUCUCUCACUCUCACUCUCACUCUCACUCUCUGUCUCACACACACACUCUCUUUUUCUCUCCCUCCCCCUCCCUGUCUCUCCCUCUUGCUUUCUCAUUGUUUGUAAUAGCGUAUUUCUGUCUCUUCCUCUCUCUCCUAGUCACCCAUGGACGAGCCAGUGGUAUUGAACGAUGAGGUCAUAUUCCCUCUGACCGUCUCAUUGGACAAACUCCCCGUCAACACCCUCAAGGUCAAGGUGAGAAGUCAUGCAGUGUGUGUCUGUGUGUGAGUGAGUGAGUGAUAGAGAGAGACUUUUUCUCUCUACUCGUCUCUCUAUCCGUGUUCCCAUCGUCUCUCCAUUUCCUCCCCCACUCUGUGUUGUCUCAGAUUGUAGUGACUAUACUCUAUGCAUGUUCACAACCUUGUCAUAACCUCUCUAUUCCUGUUUAUGUCAGAUUGGAGUGACUCUAUUCAUAUUCAUAACCUUGAUAUGACCUCUAUGCAUGUUCAUAACCUUGUUGUAACCUCUAGUUUCCUGUCUAUGUCAGAUCAUAGUGACGGUGUGGAAGCAGGAGGUGGAAAAGGCAGAGAUCAGGGAACAUGGUUACCUCACCAUCCUACAGCUGAGGAGCCCCACACACACCUUCAGACAAGACCUUAAUACCUUCAAAGCCCAGGGUCAGAGUCCUACACUGCCUUGCAGCUUACACUGCCUCUCCAGUGGCCCCCUCUGGGUUGUGACUAAGAAGGAUAAUUACUAUCUUAGAUUCUAAAACAUUAUCUAAAUUCACUGUAAGGCCUACCAAAUGAGUAUAGGCCUACCUAUUUAAAAUACAUUUUCAAUAUAAAGUAAAACAACGCAAUUCACGAUGAUGAACAACUGCAAUAUACAUUCAGUGUAAUGUGUAUUAAAAGUGUCCCUCUCUCUUUUUCUCUCUCUCUUUCUCCCCCAUACCCCCCCCCCCCCCCGUCCCCCCCGUCCCCGUCCAGUCAGCACCACGUUGAGUGUUCUUCCUCCACCAACUGUGAAAUGUCAACAGAUGACUGUCUCCGGGAAGCACCUGACCGUCCUCAAAGGUGGGGGAAGACUACAAAAGGGUUAUUCGGCUGUCCUCAUAGGAUAACCCUUUUUGGUUCCAGGUAGAACCCUUUUUGGAAACGGUUCUAAAUGGAGCCCAAAAGGGUUAUACCUGGAAUCAAAAAGGGUUAUUCUAUGGGGACAGCCGAAUAACCCUUUUAUUUACUAGUUAGCACCUUUUUUUCUAAGAGUGUAAUACUUUUACACGCUGCUAUAUUGUGGUGGGGGAAUACUAACAUUGUCGCACCUGAUCGUUCUCAAAGAUAGGGAGCAGAGGGGGACUAACUCUGUUAAACUUGGGCUAUAGUGUGGUUUAUUUAUUUAUUAAAUAACUCCCCUUAGAUGUGUAUUAUUCACUAUAAUCCACGGGUUCACAUGCCUUAUUGUUUGAAUACAACCUAUUCUAUACUUAACCACAAAUGCUUAUGACCAGGAGUUCUUUCUGACCACCUGAAAAUAGAAUAAUUGGGCCCUCGCUGUAGCCUGUAACUGUGAGGGUAGGGGCUUAGAAUUUAUGAGUCCGAUAACUCUACUCUGAAGCAGAGCCAAGAGCUCAUGACUCCUGGUGACCAAAGUUAAGAUUGAAACAAGGCUUAGCUGGUUUAAGGAAGUGCUUUAGCCUUUUAUGAAAGGGGUUUAGCCACAUAAAUCCACUGAACUGUAUCCUAGUCCUCAGCGCAGGGCUAAGAUCAAUAACAACCCUCUCAUGUGUGUAAAAUCCUGUUAAUUCACUGUAUUUAAUUCAUCAACCGCCAGGAUAAUCACUGACUCUCUGGUGGUACCGAGUCUGACCCAGUGAUAGUGCAGGUUCAUAGUUGGGUUGGGCCCACGCAAAGUCCCCAGCUAGCGAUUAUGAUCCCAUGUUAACAAACCGUCUCAGAGUAGAAGUGUUGCCUUUUUAGAUUUUAAUUCCAUAAAUGGGAGGACCUGAUCCUAGAUAAACAUUCCUACUCUGAGACGCUUUGUGAAUACAGGCCCUGGACAAUAGCAGAGCUCCACCCAAUGUUCAAAGGGAAAAAGGAAAGAAAAGUAUGACAAAUAACCAAGACCCUCCUUAACAGAUGGUUAGGAAACAUGUCCCAAGUACAUAACUACACCGCCAACAGUGUUAUCACAGUGUUAUCACAGUGUUACACAAUAGCUCAAUAGUUUAUAUAUGUAAUAGCUCCUACGUAUACAUGCUGUGCAGCACAUUGGCUUACAUACAGUGGGGGAAAAAAGUAUUUAGUCAGCCACCAAUUGUGCAAGUUCUCCCACUUAAAAAGAUGAGAGAGGCCUGUAAUUUUCAUCAUAGGUACACGUCAACUAUGACAGACAAAUUGAGAAUUUUUUUCUCCAGAAAAUCACAUUGUAGGAUUUUUUAAUGAAUUUAUUUGCAAAUUAUGGUGGAAAAUAAGUAUUUGGUCACCUACAAACAAGCAAGAUUUCUGGCUCUCACAGACCUGUAACUUCUUCUUUAAGAGGCUCCUUUGUCCUCCACUCGUUACCUGUAUUAAUGGCACCUGUUUGAAUUUGUUAUCAGUAUAAAAGACACCUGUCCACAACCUCAAACAGUCACACUCCAAACUCCACUAUGGCCAAGACCAAAGAGCUGUCAAAGGACACCAGAAACAAAAUUAUAGACCUGCACCAGGCUGGGAAGACUGAAUCUGCAAUAGGUAAGCAGCUUGGUUUGAAGAAAUCAACUGUGGGAGCAAUUAUUAGGAAAUGGAAGACAUACAAGACCACUGAUAAUCUCCCUCGAUCUGGGGCUCCACGCAAGAUCUCACCCCGUGGGGUCAAAAUGAUCACAAGAACGGUGAGCAAAAAUCCCAGAACCACACGGGGGGACCUAGUGAAUGACCUGCAGAGAGCUGGGACCAAAGUAACAAAGCCUACCAUCAGUAACACACUACGCCGCCAGGGACUCAAAUCCUGCAGUGCCAGACGUGUCCCCCUGCUUAAGCCAGUACAUGUCCAGGCCCGUCUGAAGUUUGCUAGAGUGCAUUUGGAUGAUCCAGAAGAGGAUUGGGAGAAUGUCAUAUGGUCAGAUGAAACCAAAAUAGAACUUUUUGGUAAAAACUCAACUCGUCGUGUUUGGAGGACAAAGAAUGCUGAGUUGCAUCCAAAGAACACCAUACCUACUGUGAAGCAUGGGGGUGGAAACAUCAUGCUUUGGGGCUGUUUUUCUGCAAAGGGACCAGGACGACUGAUCCGUGUAAAGGAAAUAAUGAAUGGGGCCAUGUAUCGUGAGAUUCUGAGUGAAAACCUCCUUCCAUCAGCAAGGGCAUUGAAGAUGAAACGUGGCUGGGUCUUUCAGCAUGACAAUGAUCCCAAACACACCGCCCGGGCAAUGAAGGAGUGGCUUCGUAAGAAGCAUUUCAAGGUCCUGGAGUGGCCUAGCCAGUCUCCUGAUCUCAACCCCAUAGAAAAUCUUUGGAGGGAGUUGAAAGUCCGUGUUGCCCAGCGACAGCCCCAAAACAUCACUGCUCUAGAGGAGAUCUGCAUGGAGGAAUGGGCCAACAUACCAGCAACAGUGUGUGAAAACCUUGUGAAGACUUACAGAAAACGUUUGACCUGUGUCAUUGCCAACAAAGGGUAUAUAACAAAGUAUUGAGAAACUUUUGUUAUUGACCAAAUACUUAUUUUCCACCAUAAUUUGCAAAUAAAUUCAUUAAAAAUCCUACAAUGUGAUUUUCUGGACUUUUUUUCUCAUUUUAUCUGUCAUAGUUGACGUGUACCUAUGAUGAAAAUUACAGGCCUCUCUCAUCUUUUUAAGUGGGAGAACUUGCACAAUUGGUGGCUGACUAAAUACUUUUUUUCCCCACUGUAUGUGGAUGUGUAUUUACAGUAUGUAUAGUAGAAGUUUACAGUAUUGUGUAUUGUCUUUAUGGGAUGUGGAUGACAUUAGUGAGGGUUGUGUAUUAAGCUUGGGCAAUAUACCAUUUAUACCGUAUAUUGGGGUAUUUUGAAAUACCGACGGUAUGAUUUUCAAUACUGUAAAAACACUACGCCACUGCUUCUACCAUUUAAGUUAAAGCUGCAAUGUAUAACUUUUUGGGCAACCCGACCAAAUUCAUAUAGAAAUGGGAGUUAUAGAUAUGUCAUUCUCAUUGAAAGCAAGUCUAAGAAGCUGUACAUCUGUUCUAUUUCAAUGCUUCCCGUUCUUAAGUUUAAUUUUUGCGUCUUUUACUUUCAGUUUUGUACACCAGCUUCAAACAGCUGAAAAUACAAUAUUUUGGGUUAUUGAAAAUAUAUUUUACAGCGGUUUAGAUGGUACAAUGAUUGCUUGUUUUAUCACAUAAACUGAAAUUAGGCAAACUAUUAGAAUUCAAGCAACUAGGAAAUGGCGGAGUGAUUUCUGCAUAUUGCACCUUUAAGUAUAACUAUAAGAAAUCUAAGAUGUGUCAAAUAAUUAGAUCCAGCUCAGGGCAUUUGGUUUGCUAACUUGCUAGCUAAGUGGCUAGAUGCCAAGAUCAAGCUUCUUGGAUACAGCAGACAUUCAAUCCCCUCCUGGAUCAAGAUCCCUGUUGCCUAAAUAGUUUUGUGCGUAAAAAUGUUUUUAUAGUGCCCCCUUGUGCACUUCCGGUAUUACAGUAUACCCCGGUAUGGUACAGAAACGGUAUGAUCAUAUGACAAUCUGGAUACCGCCCAAACCUAUUGUAUAUAUAGCUACAGUGCCUUCAGAAAGUAUUCAGACCCCUUGACUUUUUCCACAUUUUGUUACGUUACAGCCUUAUUCAAAAAUUUAUUAAAUCGUUUUUUUCCCUCAUCAAUCUACACACAAUACCCCAUAAUGAUAAAGCAAAAACAGGUUUUAAGAAACUUUAGCAAAUUUAUUAAAAAUAAGAAACGGAAAUAUCACAUUUACAUAAUUAUUCAGACUCAGUACUUUGUUGAAGCACCUUUGGCAGCGAUUACAACCUUGAGUCUUCUUGGGUAUGACGCUACAAGCUUGGCACACCUGUAUUUGGGGAGUUUCUCCCAUUAUUCUCUGCAGAUCCUCUCAAGCUCUGUCAGGUUUGAUGGGGAGCGUUGCUGCACAGCUAUUUUCAGGUCUCUCCAGAGAUGUUAGAUCGGGUUCAAGUCCGGGCUCUGGCUGGGCCACUCAAGGACAUUCAGAGACUUGUCCCGAAGCCACUCCUGCAUUGUCUUGGCUGUGUGCUUAGGGUCGUUGUCCUGUUGGAAGGUGAUCCGUCGCCCCAGUCUGAGGUCCUGAGCGCUCUGGAGCAUGUUUUCAUCAAGGAUCUCUCUGUACUUUGCUCUGUUCAUCUUUGCCUCAAUCCUGACUAGUCUCCCAGUCCCUGCCGCUGAAAAACAUCCCCACAGCAUGAUGCUGCCACCACCAUCCUGCCAGGUUUCCUCAAGAUGUGACGCUUGGCAUUCAGGCCAAAGAGUUCAAUCUUGGUUUCAUCAGACCAGAGAAUCUUGUUUCUCAUGGUCUGAGAGUCUUUAGGUGACUUUUGGCAAACUCCAAGGCUUUUACUGAGGAGUGGCUUCCGUCUGGCCACUCUACCAUAAAGGCCUGAUUGGUGGAGUGCUGCAGAGAUGGUUGUCCUUCUGGAAGGUUCUCCCAUCUCCACAGAGGAACUCCAGAGCUCUGUCAGAGUUACCAUCGGGUUCUUGGUCACCUCCCUGACUAAGGCCCUUCUCCCCCGAUUGCUCAGUUUGGCCGGGUGGCCAGCUCUAGGAAGAGUCUUGGUGGUUCCAAACUUCUUCCAUUUAAGAAUGAUGGAGGCCACUGUGUUCUUGGGGACCUUCAAUGCUGCAGAAAUGUUUUGGGACCCUUCCCCAGAUCUGUGCCUCGACACAAUCCUGUCUCGGUGCUCUACGGACAAUUCCUUCGACCUCAUGGCCUGAUUUUUGCUCUGACAUGCACUGUCAACUGUGGGACCUUAUAUAGACAGGUGUGUGCCUUACCAAAUCAUGUCCAAUCAAUUGAAUUGACCACAGGUGGACUCCAAUCAAGUUGUAGAAACAUCUCAAGGAUUAUCAAUGGAAAAAGGAUGCACCUGAGCUUAAUUUCGAGUCUCAUAGCAAAGGGUCUGAAUACUUAUGUAAAUAAGGUAUUUCUGUUUUCUAAAACCCUUUUUUCUUCGCUUUGGCAUUAUGGGGUAUUGUGUGUAGAUUUUUUAUUUAAUCAAUUUUAGAAUUAACGUAACAAAAUGUGGGAAAAGUCCAGGGAUCUGAAUACUUUCCGAAGGCACUGUAUAUACGAUGUGUGUACGGUAUAUAAAUAGUGCCCAAAUGUUUUAAAGACAAUAGUAUUAUGACAUCACCUAAACUCCUUCCUCUCUUAUGCUUUCCUGUCCCCCUCCCCCUCUGUCCUUUUUCUAACUCCCAUCCCUCACUCUCCUUCCUCCUUCUCCAGUAUUAAACUCCAGUUCCCAGGAGGAGGUAUGUGUUAGGGACGUGAGAAUCAUUCCUAACUUCAAUGCGUCCUACCUCCCCAUGAUGCCUGAUGGCUCUGUGCUUUUGGUGGACAAUGUCUGGUAAGUACAGAUCUAGGAUCUAGGAUUUUGGGACCCCCAUUCCUAAACUUAACCAUUAUGGGUGAAACAGAAACUGACCGUAGAUCAGUGCCUGAUGGCUCUGUCCUUCUGGUGGACAAUGUCUAGUACACUCCCUUAAUCACAGAUCUAGGAUCAGAUUACAGUACCAUUAAUACCAACUUUUGCCGUUAAGGGUAAAAAAGCAUCAGUGUCUGCCGGACAAGGUCUGGUACGCUCACACAAGUGCUUUUCAGGGACGCUAGUUAUAAGUGUUGAAACAUAUUCAAUAUUUUGUUCUAAAAUGUUGCUUAAAGAUAUAAUGAGUGUCUGAAUGUUGUCUGUUUGCCAUACUACUGUUUAUUUUUUUAUGAAUCUCGAUCAGAAUAUAAAAAGUACAUCACUUUUGUAACCAUGGCGAUGACGUCCAUUACUUCCUGUCUGCAGCCACCAAUCAGCAGAGGUUGCCAUGGCGUCCUUCCACAGGAUGAACAGUAGCUCCUCCCACCUUCCCAGCAUGCUUUCUGCCCUGGAGGAGCAGAACUUGCUGUUUCAGCUGCAGCUCAGAGACCAGCCGGAGGAAGAGAGCAACGAGGUGAGAGGAGAGAGGGAGGAAUGGCGAGAGAGGUGGGGGUAUAGAGAGAGGAGAGAGGGACAGAGGGAGAGGGAAAAACAAGAGCAAUGUGUAAUAUUAAAUAAAAUGGUCCUAGUCUGUGAUGUAAAGGGCAGUGAAGGGAGUGUCUGUGUCAGUGAGAUUCAUUUCAGGUACUAUGAUAUCAUACUUAGUGUGGGAUCAUUUCGUCUGUCUUAGAUGAAACAUAUGCAUGAAAAAUCUGCCAAGAAUGUCCUUAUGUACACAGCAUGAAAUCAUGUGAGGAAUGGGAAUGUGUUUUGCUCUCUGCUUAAGGGUCUGGAGGUUCCUUUGGUAGCUGUGCUGCAGUGGUCCACCCCUAAACUUCCCUUUACCAGGUAGGUCUACAUCUACUAAUAGAUAGAACUGCCUCAUAAUCACUAUAACUACCCCACAUACUCACUAUACCUACUCCAUUAUAACAACCCCAUUACAACUACUAGCCUUCCCUUCCCCAUGUACAUCUCCACCCACUAUUAGUUGCAACCAGAGCCAUAUAAUUAAGAAUAUUGUUCUAGACAUUCAGUUACACAGCAUUGCUUAAAUAUUCCCCAUGUAAUGUUAAUAGGGCGCUAGCAUGGCUGCCAUAUAAUUUUGUAGUGUCAUGUAAAUGCAUCAUGAUGCUCAUUCUAGUGACAUUAUAUUUCCUAUGUAAUGUUAAUGGUGUGCUAACAUGGCUGCCAUAGAAUGUUGUAGUGUCAUGUAAAUGCACCAUAAUACACGAAACCUCAAUGGCCCAACCAUAGAAAUCCUGUAGGUUGUUAUCAAUAAGACGUCACAAUACGGUGCAGAGCGUUCGAUUUGCCUGCUGGGGGGCAAGGAGACUAAAACCAUUGACAACUGUGUGCCGUUUUCAAGGGAUUGUUAAAUACAUGUUAACUAUUUGGUUAUAAUAUCAUCACCUCUUGAAGAGUAUAGUCAGAACUACAAAUAUUGGAUUAUUCCAGGCAAAACAAUUGCGCACAUUUAGCUCUAUCAUCAGAGUUAUAGUUUACAGCAAGUAACUGCAUGCUUUAUGAUCAGUUAACAUCAAUUGAUCAUGUAAUUUCAGAUGCAUGAGUAUAUCUCUCAAUAUUGGCCACCGUUAAUUGGAUAUUUGAGUGAUAUAAACUAAGUGAAUUAUACCUUAGACAAGUAUGAGUGGUUUAGGGUAAUAUCCCAUCCUUUGUGGGCUCUGCCUGUCAAGCAGCAGAAGGGCGCAUUUGCCGAUGUACUGUUAGCUGAUAAUGUUUACUUUGCAAGCUACCUGACCGGUAGAAACUUAGUACAGCUGGCUUAACAUAGUGGUAAAUAGACCUAAUAUACUUUUUCAAUAGGCCUACCUAGUGUAGCUAGCUAACGUGAUCCCUUUUCAACAUUGUUUUUAAGAGUGUUUAAUCACGAUUGCUGCUGACAGAUGUGACAGGCUACACACUGGCGUAACACAGUUUCUCUGGACCCCCGCAAGGUCGGAGUUUGGCCCCCGUACCCGACUGUUUUCUAUACUGAGUAUUGCCAACCCAGACAGUAUUUCCUGAGACAUUGUGCAUUAUAUGUCCAUUGCGCUGCACACAAUUUAAACUUAGUCUUGAAUGAUGCAUGCCAAGAUACCCCAGAGAUAAGGGACUGUUGAUAUUGCAACCACACAACUCAAACAUCAGUUCACCAUUAUGAACGAAAUCGCAAGCCCUCAAGAACUGUUGUCUGCUAAAGAUGAUCAUCUGUUUGCAUCUGCCAAUUUAUUGGCUGUCCAGUAUCCAGACGACCUGUUCCCAGAGCAUCCUAUACAGUUAAUCUCUUUCCGUACCGUGUUUAGGCUGGCAAUUAAGGAGAAUGAGAGGCGCAAUUAAAGAUGUUGCAGAACUGCUGUAUUUCAAGCACCACUCACUUCUGCCCAGUUUCCCUGAUGUUGCUACGGCAAUCAAGCUGUUUUUACCGUCCCUGUAACUCGCUUCUGCGGAGUGAUCGUUUUCUAAACUAAAACUCAUAAAGAACUUCCUAAGAAGCAUUAGGCUCUCGGUCUGAUAUGCGUUUUUGAACACCUGAGUAAGCUCCACUCAUUGCACUGGCGCCGUCGUGGCCUCGUAGCUACAGCAUUUGUUUACCAAUAUCCCCUCAUACUUUCAAUCUGUUAAAAUUGGUAUUUUUCAAGGUCUGAGGCACUUUUUCAGUCACAUUCCUGAAGCCCAAAAAAACAAACACUUAGCUUCCUAGUACAUAUGGAAAUUAAAAAUAUUUAUGAAUGACUUUUUGGACGGUUACUGUCAAAUUGAUUUAUUAAAUAAAUAACAAAUAGACAUCGAUGACAGGCACAUAGGCCCCCAGAGCUCGGGGUCCACUCCACCUUGUGAGGGCUGCGGGGGUGUCCGGUACACAGGUGAGGCUACAUUGAUUGAUGGACCAUGUCAAAUUGGCUAGCUAGCUAAUAACAGAUCACGUCAAUAUGGCUAGUUAACAAGCUAACUUUAAGGGGAUAAACUAGAUGGCUAUAUUCAAAUAUUGUUUGAUUUGCUUGCCAUCUAUAGUGGUGAUGACAGUAGUCCGACUGACAACUUUACCAGGACGUGGUGCCAGGAAAAUAACCUCUCACUCAACGUCAACAAAACAAAGGAGAUGAUCGUGGACUUCAGGAAACAGCAGUGGGUGCACCCCGCUAUCCACAUCGACGGGACCGCAGUGGAGAAGGUGGAAAGCUUCAAGUUCCUUGGCGUACACAUCACUGACAAACUGAAAUGGUCCACCCACGCAGACAGUGGUGAAGAAGGCGCAACAGAGCCUCUUCAACCUCAGGAGGCUGAAGAAAUUUGGCUUGGCACCUAAAACCCUCACAAACUUUUACAGAUGCACAAUUGAGAGCAUCCUGUCGGGCUGUAUCACUGCCUGGUACGGCAACUGCACCGCCCGCAACCGCAGGGCUCUCCAGAGGGUGGUGUGUUCUGCUGAACGCAUUACCGUGGGCAAACUACCCGCCCUCCAAGACACCUAAGGCACCCGAUGUCACAGGAAGGCCAAAAAGAUCAUCAAGGACAUCAACCACCCAAGCCACUGCCUGUUCACCCUGCUAUCAUCCAGAAGGCGAGGUCAGUACAGGUGCAUCAAAGCUGGGACCGAGAGAAUGAAAAACAACUUCUAUCUCAAGGCCAUCAGACUGUUAAAUAGCCAUCACUAGCACAUUAGAGGCUGCUGCUGCCUAUUGAAAUCACUGGCCACUUUAAGAAAUGGAACACUAGUCACUUUAAUAAUGUUUACAUAUCUUGCACUACUCAUCUCAUAUGUAUAUACUGCAUUCUAUUCUAUAAUAUUUUACUGUAUCUUAGUCCAUGCCGCUCUGUCAUUGCUUGUCCAUAUACAGUGAGGGGAAAAAGUAUUUGAUCCCCUGCUGAUUUUGUACGUUUGCCCACUGACAAAGACAUGAUCAGUCUAUAAUUUUAAUGGUAGGUUUAAUUGAACAGUGAGAGACAGUAUAACAACAACAAAAUCCAGAAAAAUGCAUGUAAAAAAUGUUAUAAAUUGAUUUGUAUUUUAAUGAGGGAAAUAAGUAUUUAACCCCUCUGAAAAACAUGACUUAGUACAUGACAAAACCCUUGUUGGCAAUCACAGAGGUCAGACGUUUCUUGUAGUUGGCCACCAGGUUUGCACACAUCUCAGGAGGGAUUUUGUUCCACUCCUCUUUGCAGAUCUUCUCCAAGUCAUUAAGGUUUCGAGGCUGACGUUUGGCAACUCGAACCUUAGCUCCCUCCACAGAUUUUCUAUGGGAUUAAUGUCUGGAAACUGGCUAGGCCACUCCAGGACCUUAAUGUGCUUCUUCUUGAGCCGCUCCUUUGUUGCCUUGGCCGUGUGUUUUGGGUCAUUGUCAUGCUGGAAACCCAUCCACGACCCAUUUUCAAUGCCCUGGCUGAGGGAAGGAGGUUCUCACCCAAGAUUUGACGGUACAUGGCCCCGUCCAUCGUCCCUUUGAUGCGGUGAAGUUGUCCUGUCCCCUUAGCAGAAAUACACCCCCAAAGCAUAAUGUUUCGUUACCAAUUGUUUUCUUGGUGACUAUGGUCCUAGCUGCCUUGAGAUCAUUGACAAGAUCCUCCCGUGUAGUUGUGGGCUGAUUCCUCACCGUUCUCAUGAUCAUUGCAACUCCACGAGGUGAGAUCUUGCAUGGAGCCCCAGGCCGAGGGAGAUUGACAGUUAUUUUGUGUUCCUUCCAUUUGCGAAUAAUCGCACCAACUGUUGUCACCUUCUCACCAAGCUGCUUGGCGAUGGUCUUGUAGCCCAUUCCAGCCUUGUGUAGGUCUACAAUCUUGUCCCUGACAUCCUUGGAGAGCUCUUUGGUCUUGGCCAUGGUGGAGAGUUUGGAAUCUGAUUGAUUGAUUGCUUCUGUGGACAGGUGUCUUUUAUACAAGUAACAAACUGAGAUUAGGAGCACUCCCUUUAAGAGUGUGUGUCACGCCCUGACUUAUGGAACUCUUGUAUAUUGAGUCAGGGUGUGGAGAUCAAUGUUAUUAGUUCUAUGUUUACAUUCUAGGUAUUGUGGUUCUAUGUUUGGCCAGGUGUGAUUCCCAAUCAGAGGCAGCUGUCGCUCGUUGUCUCUGAUUGGGGAUCAUACUUAAGUAGCCUGUUGGCAAUCAUUAGUUGUGGGAUCUUGUUCCGUGUAUAGGCUUGUAUUGUGUUUAGCCUGAGGACUUCAUGUUACGUUGUUUUGUUGUUUUUGUUCGUGUGUUUAUUUUGUUAAAUAAACAUGUAUGCAUUUCACGCUGCGCCUUGGUCUGACCUGUCCUUCAACGAACGUGACAGUGUGCUCCUAAUCUCAGCUCGUUACCUGUAUAAAAGACACCUGGGAGCCAGAAAUCUUUCUGAUUGAGAUGGGGUCAAAUACUUAUUUCCCUCAUUAAAAUGCAAAUCAAUUUAUAACAUUUUUGACAUGCGUUUUUUUUUUCAAAUUUGUUCAAAUAAACCUACCAUUAAAAUUAUAGACUGAUCAUUUCUUUGUCAGUGGGCAAACGUACAAAAUCAGCAGGGGAUCAAAUACUUUUUUCCCUCACUGUAUGCAUAUAUUCUUAAAUUCCAUUCCUUACUAGAUUUGUGUGUAUUGGGUAUAUGUUGUGAAAUUGUUAGAUAUUACUGCACUGUCGGCGCUAGAAGCACAAGCAUUUCGCUACACCCGCUAUAACAUCUGCUAAACACGUGUAUGUGACAAAUACAAUUUGAUUUGAUUUGUAUAACUCUGAAGAUAGGGCUAAAUGUGGAAUAAUCAUAAAUGUGUAGUUCUGACUAUGCUCUUCAAGAGGUGAUGAUAUUAAAACCCAAUUUAGUUAUAACAUUUAUUUAACAAUCCCUUGAAAACGGCAUGUAGUUGUCAAUAGUUUUAGCAGAGCUGGGGGCCUCCUUGCCCCCCAGAAGCCAAAUCGAAUGCUCUGCACCGUAUUGUAAUGUUUUAUUGAUAACGACCUAUUCAAUUACUAGAUGGGCUAUGUCAUCAAAUCCUAAAAGUUCCUGAAUGGGAUGAAAAUGGCAGCCAUAUUGGUCAGGGAGAAAUCCAAACCAGUCUAAUUGAAAUUAAUUGCAGUAGAGGCAUAAUCCUGAUUUGACUUAUGCAGGAAAAUAAAAGUAAAGCAUAUUAUAUAUAAGAAAUGGUGUAUUCUAUAAUAUUGUCAUAUACACUACCGUUCAAAAGUUUGGGGUCACUUAGAAAUGUCCUUGUUUUCGAAAGAAAAGCAAUUUAUUUUGUCCAUAAAAAUAACAUCAAAUUGAUCAGAAAUACAGUGUAGACAUUGUUACUGUUGUAAAUGGCUAUUGUAGCUGGAAAAUGCUGAUUUUUUAUGGAAUAUCUACAUAGGCGUACAGAGGCCCAUAAUCAGCAACCAUCAGUCCUGUGUUCCAAUGGCACGUUGUGUUUGCUAAUCCAAGUUUAUCAUUUAAAAGGCUAAUUGAUCAUUAGAAAACCCUUUUGCAAUUAUGUUAGCACAGCUGAAAACGGUUGUGCUGAUUAAAGAAGCAAUACAACUGGCCUUCUUGAGACUAGUUGAGUAUCUGGAGCAUCAGCAAUUGUGGGUUCGAUUACAGAAUCAGAAUGGCCAGAAACAAAUAACUUUCUUCUGAAACUGGUCAGUCUAUUCUUGUUCUGAGAAAUGAAGGCUAUUCCAUGCAAGAAAUUGCCAAGAAACUGAAGAUCUCGUACAACGCUUUGUACUACUCCCUUCACGGAACAGCGCAAACUGGCUCUAACCAGAAUAGAAAGAGGAGUGGGAGGCCCCGGUGCACAACUGAGCAAGAGGACAAAUACAUUAGAGUGUCUAGUUUGAGAAACAGACGCCUCACAGGUCCUCAACUGGCAGCUUCAUUAAAUAGUACCCGCUAAACACCAGUCUCAACGUCAACAGUGAAGAGGCGACUCCGGGAUGCUGACCUUCUAGGCAGAGUUGCAAAGAAAAAGCCAUAUCUCAGACUGGCCAAUAAAAAGAAAAUAUUAAGAUGGGCAAAAGAACACAGACACUGGACAGAGGAAUAUUGGAAAAAAGUGUUAUGGACAGACGAAUCGAAGUUUGAGGUGUUCGGAUCACAAAGAAGAACAUUUGUGAGACACAGACCAAAUGAAAAGAUGCUGGAGGAGUGCUUGAUGCCAUCUGUCAAGCAUGGUGGAGGCAAUGUGAUGGUCUGGGGGUGCUUUGGUAGUGGUAAAGUGGGAGAUUUGUACAGGGUAAAAGGGAUCUUGAAGAAGGAAGGCUAUCACUCCAUUUUGCAACACCAUGCCAUACCCUGUGGACGGCGCUUGAUUGGAGCCAAUUUCCUCCUACAACAGGACAAUGACCCAAAGCACAGCUCCAAACUAUGCAAUAACUAUUUAGGGAAGAAGCAGUCAGCUGGUAUUCUCUAUAUAAUGGAGUGGCCAGCACAGUCACCGGAUCUCAACCCUAUUGAGCUGUUGUGGGAGCAGCUUGACCGUAUGGUACGUAAGAAGUGCCCAUCAAGCCAAUCCAACUUGUGGGAGGUGCUUCAGGAAGCGUGAAAUCUCUUCAGAUUACCUCAACAAAUUGACAACUAAAAUGCCAAAGGUCUGCAAGGCUGUAAUUGUCACGCCCUGGCUCUGGGGACUCUUAAAUGUUGAGCCAGGGUGUGGAUUUUCAUUGUUUAGUUUUCUAUGUUUUUGUUCUAGAUCGUGUUGCUCUAUGUUGGCCAGGGUGGUUCCCAAUCAGAGAUAGCUGUAGCUCGUUGUCUCUGAUUGUGUCACGAUCGUCUAGUAGCGAAGUAGACCAAGGCGCAGCGUGUGAAAGAAACAUGACUUUAUUUAAUUAAAGUUUCUAAAUACAAACCAAAACACGACUCGUGAAGUCCAACGGUUAACAUACCGACACGGAACAAAAACCCACAACACCCAAGAGAAAACACACAGUUUAAAUAUGGCUCCCAAUCAGAGACAACCAGCCGACAGCUGACACUUGUUGCCUCUGAUUGGGAGUCACACAUGCAAACAUAGACAUAGACAACCUAGAACACCCAACAUAGAAAAUGAACACAUAGAAUGCACACACCCUGGCUCAACAUAUAGAGUCCCAGAGCCAGGGUGUGACAGUACCCCCCCCUAAAGGCGCGGACUGCGACCGCGUCUUAACAAACCCCAAACAGGGGAGGGCUGGGUGGGCAUUCCUCUUCGGAGGCGGCUCCGGCUCCGGCCUUGACCACCACCCCUCCAUAAUACCCCUGUAGCGCCCCUGGUCCGGUCUGACCCCGCUGGCUGGAUCUGGACUGGACAUAGACGGAGCGGAUAGCUUACGCUCCGUUGUGGAGCAGCUGACCGGUCUUACCAGGCUGACGACUCGCACCCCGGGCUUGGUGCGAGUAGCAGGAACGGGCUGAACCAGGCUGACGACUCGCACCCCUGGCCUGGUGCGAGUGGCAGGAACGGGCUGGACCAGGCUGACGACUCGCACCCCUGGCUUGGUGCGAGUGGCAGGAACGGGCUGGACCAGGCUGACGACUCGCACCCCUGGCUUGGUGCGAGUGGCAGGAACGGGCCGGGCCGGGCUGGCGACGCGCACCGUAGGUUUGGUGCGAGUGGCAGGAACAGGCCGGGCCGGGCUGGCGACGCACACCGUAGGUUUGGUGCGAGUGGCAGGAACAGGCUGGGCCGGGCUGGCGACGCACACCGUAGGUUUGGUGCGUGGAGCAGGGACAGGCCGGGCUGGGCUGGCGACGCACCCCGUAGGCUUGGUGCGUGGAGCAGGGACAGGCCGGGCUGGGCUGGCGACGCACACCGUAGGUUUGGUGCGUGGAGCAGGGACAGGCCGGGCUGGGCUGGCGACGCACCCCGUAGGCUUAGUGCGUGGAGCAGGGACAGGCCGGGCUGGGCUGGCGACGCACCUCGUAGGCUUGGUGCGUGGAGCAGGGACAGGCCGGGCUGGGCUUGCGACGCACCCCGUAGGCUUGGUGCGUGGAGUAGGGACAGGCCGAACCGGGCUGUGGAGACGGAUAGGAGACCUGGAGUGAAGAGCGGCCACCACCCGUCCUGGCUGAAUGCCUACCCUCACACACUCUGUGUGAGGCAUCCGCACAGGACGUACAGGGCGGUGUACCCCUGGCCUGGUGGCCUCCUGGAUUCGCCCCAUCUUUGCCUCCGUCAGCCCCGUCGUCCAUGCCGUGUGCCCCCCCCUAAAAAUUUAUUGGGGUUGCCUCUCGACCCUCCGACGCUGCUCCCACGUCCAGGUUGCCUGUUCCUGGACACGCUGCUUGGUCCUGGUAUGGUGGGUUUUUCUGUCACGAUCGUCUAGUAGCGAAGUAGACCAAGGCGCAGCGUGUGAAAGAAACAUGACUUUAUUUAAUUAAAGUUUCUAAAUACAAACCAAAACACGACUCGUGAAGUCCAACGGUUAACAUACCGACACGGAACAAAAACCCACAACACCCAAGAGAAAACACACAGUUUAAAUAUGGCUCCCAAUCAGAGACAACCAGCCGACAGCUGACACUCGUUGCCUCUGAUUGGGAGUCACACAUGCAAACAUAGACAUAGACAACCUAGAACACCCAACAUAGAAAAUGAACACAUAGAAUGCACACACCCUGGCUCAACAUAUAGAGUCCCAGAGCCAGGGUGUGACAGAUUGGGGACCAUACUUAGGCAGCUUGUUGGCACCAGUUAGUUUGUGGGAUCUUGUUCCGUAAAGGUUUGUGUUGUUGUAACCUCAGGACUUCACGUAUCGUUGGUUUGUUGUUUUGGUUUUGUUCGUGUGUUAAGUACUAAUUAAAAAUGUACGCUUAUCACGCUGCGCCUUGGUUCCACGAGUCAUCAGUCAACGUUCGUGACAGUAAUUGCUGCAAAUGGAGGAUUAUUUGAUGAAAGCAAAGUUUGAAGGACACAUUUAUUAUUUGUUUUAAAAACCAUUAUUUCUAACAUUUGUACAUUUUUUUUACAUUUUUUGUCAUUUAGCAGAUGCUCUUAUCCAGAGCAACUUACAGUUAGUGAGUGCAUACAUUAUUUAUAUAUAUAUAUUGUUUUUCAUACUGGCCCCCCGUCAAUGACUACAUUUCCUAUGCAUUUUGCUACAUUUCCUAUUCAAACUCAUUUCAUGUAUGUUUUCAUGGAAAACAAGGACAUUUCUAAGUGACCCCAAACUUUUGAACGCUAGUGUAAUUAUAAAUACAAUUUAUAUGGAUUUUACAACCAUUUUCUGUAUCAAUAGCCUCUAAAAUAUAUGUAAACAGACCAUAAAUGUAUCAAUUUUUGUUUUCUUGGAAAGCUGUGAAUGUUAUUAUAUGAUACAAUAUCAGUACUUGUUGCAAUUUCAACUUGUCUAUGUACUAUCAUCAACUGAUUUCAGCCAGUGUAUGGCUGUGGAUUGACUGCAUUGUUUGAAUGGAAUGUUGGCAUAUUGGCAGUUAAUCUGAAAAAGUUUUGGAAUCAUUCCUCUAAAUCUGACUGGCUAGCUAGCUAACAAACAUACAGUGCAGAUAUAUUGUUAAAAUGCAUUAUUGUACACAAUAUCUUAUCACAGCACUGGCUUGUCAUGGUUGACCGACUCCCUCACCAAAAUGGCUUACCUUUAUCCCAUCAUUAGAAGGUUCAUAGUAUUCUAAUUCCUAAUUCUAUGGGCUCAACUCUCUAAAUACAUGGCUCUAGUUGGAACUACCCCAUAAUAACUACUCUCCAUUGACUAACUGUCCAAAUAUACCUACCCCAUUAUUACUCUACUACUUACCUUCCCAUCCCCAGGUACAUCUCCACCCACUACCAGCUGCCCAGCGUGAGACUGGACCACCCCCGGCUGGUUAUGACAGCUUCCUGUCCCAGUGCUGUGCAGCCUCAGGAGCACUUCCGGGUCAAAUACACCCUACUAAACAACCUGCAAGACUUCCUGGCUGUACGACUGGUCUGGACGCCCGAAGGUGAGGGGAAUGGGGGAUGGGAGAGGAGAAGAGAUGGAAUGAUUAUGGAGGGGGAUGGGAGUGAGAUGAGGCGGGAGGGAGGGAGAUGUAGAAAAAGGAGAAUAUUCAUAAUUUUCACACAAAAGAAGAGCGUGAUCGAGCAAGAGGAAGAGUAGAAGAGGGAUAGAAAGAGACUGACAGAGGGAGAUGACAGAGGGAGAUUACAUGGGAGAUGACAGAGGGUCCGUUAGAAAGAGACCGGGAGAGAGUGAGAGAUAGUCCAGGGAGAAGGUCGUACACUCUGAACUAAUAAAUAUGAUUGUAUUACAAAUGCCUUAGAGAGAGAGAGAUAGCGAGAGCAGAGAGCGAGAGGGACAGAGAGAGAGACAGAGAGAGAGACAGAGAGAGAGACAGAGAGAGAGAGACAGAGAGAGAGACAGAGAGAGAGACAGAGAGAGAGGGACAGAGAGAGAGACAGAGAGAGAGGGACAGAGAGAGAGACAGAGAGAGAGACAGAGAGAGGGACAGAGAGAGAGACAGAGAGAGAGACACAGAGAGAGACAGAGAGAGAGACAGAGAGAGGGACAGAGAGAGAGGGACCGAGAGAGAGAGAGACAGAGAGAGAGAGAGAGACAGAGAGAGAGACAGAGAGAGAGAGAGAGAGAGAGAGACAGAGAGAGAGAGAGAGAGAGAGACAGAGAGAGAGAGAGAGAGAGAGAGAGAGAGAGAGAGAGAGAGUGGCGGUAGAUGAAGGGAGGGAAUUCUGUCUAAGGUCCAUUGAUGAUUUAUAACAAAGCCCCUAACUAACUAACUAACUAACUAACUAACUAACUAACUAACUAACUAACUACAUACCAGAGGAACAGAAUCACUUUAGGCUAAAUUAUAUUGCUCUCUCCUUGGGUAAACUAAAUAACAGCCUCUCCCUCUCUCCCUUUCUGUCAAUGUAACCCCCUUCCUCCCCUCUAACCCCUCCCCCUCCAGGUCGUGGUCGUCAGGAGGACCCCUCUGUCAGUUCUGUGGUAUGUCAUUCCCCCCUCAACAACCUGGGCCAGUGUCGGAAAGGAUCCACCCUCUCCUUUACCGUCGGCUUCCAGAUACUCAAGGCAGGACUCUUUGAGGUACCAGAGAGAGAGACGCGUGUGCGUGUGUGUCUGUGUGUGUGUGCGUCUUUUGUUUCUCCGAUUUUGAAUACCUAACAUUACUCACAUGCCCUCCUCUCCUCCUCUCCAGUUAAGCCAGCACAUGAAGCUGAAGCUUCAGUUCACAGCGUCAUGUUCCAACCCCCCUGCUGAGGCCAGGCCCAUGUCUCUGUCCCUGUCCAGGAAGAACUCUCCCUCCAGCCCUGCUGUUAGAGACCUGCUGGACAGACAGAGUCUGGGAAGAUCACAGUCCUUCUCUCACCAACAACCAUCACGGUCGCAUUUUAUGAGGUAGGAGAUACGCACAUGUAAUGCACAGACACAUACACGACAUGGCCAAAAUAAUGUGGACACCCCUUCAAAUGAGUGGAUUUGGCUAUUUCAGCCACACCCGUUGCUGACAGGUGUAUAAAAUCGAGCACACAGCCAUGCAAUCUCCAUAGACAAACAUUGGCAGUAGAAUAGCCCGUACUGAAGAGCUCAGUGACUUUCAACGUGGCACCGUCAUAGGAUGCCACCUUUCCAACAAGUCCGUUAGUCAAAUUUCUGCCCUGCUAGAGCUGCCCCGGUCAACUGUAAGUGCUAGGAGCAACAACGGCUCAGCCGCGAAAGGGUAGGCCCUACAAGCUCACAGAACGCGACCGCCGAGUGCUGAAGCGUGUAGCGCAAAAAAUCGUCUGUCCUCGGUUGCAACACUCACUACCGAGUUCCAAACUGCCUCUGGAAGCAACGUCAGUCAUGAGUGAACAGGGAGUACAGGAGGGGACUGAGCACGCACCCCUGAGGGGCCCACGUGUUGAAGAUCAGCGUGAACUGGGAGUACAGGAGGGGACUGAGCACGCACCCCUGAGGGGCCCACGUGUUGAAGAUCAGCGUGGCGGAUGUGUUGUUACCUACCCUUACCACCUGGGGGCGGCCCGUCAGGAAGUCCAGGAUCCAGUUGCAGAGGGAGGUGUUUAGUCCCAGGGUCCUUAGCUUAGUGAUGAGCUUUGAGGGCACUAUAGUGUUGAACGCUGAGCUGUAGUCAAUGAAUAGCCUCCCGCCUCCCGAGUGGCGCAGUGGUCUAAGGCACUGCAUUGCAGUGCUAGCUGUGCCACUAUAGAUCCUGGUUUGAAUCCAGGCUCUGUCGUAGCCGGCCGCGACCGGGAUACCCAUGGGGCGGCGCACAAUUGGCCUAGCGUCGUCCAGGGUAGGGGAGGGAAUGGCUGGCAGGGAUGUAGCUCAGUUGGUAGAGCAUGGCGUUUGCAAUGCCAUGGUUGUGGGUUCGAUUCCCACUCUGGAUAAGAGCGUCUGCUAAAUGACAAAAAAUUUUUUUAAAAAUAAAUACAAUUUUGCAUUCUCACUACAUGUGGGGAGAACAAGUAUUUGACAGGAAAACCUGCAGGUUUUCCUACUUACAAAGCAUGUAGAGGUCUGUAAUUUUUAUCAUAGGUACACUUCAACUGUGAGAGACAAAACAAAAAUCCAGAAAAUCACAUUGUAUGAUUUUUAAGUAAUUCAUUUGCAUUUUAUUGCAUGACAUAAGUAUUUGAUACAUCAGAAAAGCAGAACUUAAUAUUUGGUACAGAAACCUUUGUUUGCAAUUACAGAGAUCAUACGUUUCCUGUAGGUCUUUACCAGGUUUGCACACACUGUAGCAGGGAUUUUGGCCCACUCCUCCAUACAGACCUUCUCCAGAUCCUUCAGGUUUCGGGGCUGUCGCUGGGAAAUACGGACUUUCAGCUCCCUCCAAAGAUUUUCUAUUGGGUUCAGGUCUGGAGACUGGCUAGGCCACUCCAGGACCUUGAGAUGCUUCUUACGGAGCCACUCCUUAGUUGCCCUGGCUGUGUGUUUCGGGUCGUUGUCAUGCUGGAAGACCCAGCCACGACCCAUCUUCAAUGCUCUUACUGAGGGAAGGAGGUUGUUGGCCAAGAUCUCGUGAUACAUGGCACCAUCCAUCCUCCCCUCAAUACGGUGCAGUCGUCCUGUCCCCUUUGCAGAAAAGCAUCCCCAAAGAAUGAUGUUUCCACCUCCAUGCUUCACGGUUGGGAUGGUGUUCUUGGGGUUGUACUCAUCCUUCUUCUUCCUCCAAACACGGCGAGUGGAGUUUAGACCAAAAAGCUAUAUUUUUGUCUCAUCAGACCACAUGACCUUCUCCCAUUCCUCCUCUGGAUCAUCCAGAUGGUCAUUGCCAAACUUCAGACGGGCCUGGACAUGCGCUGGCUUGAGCAGGGGGACCUUGCGUGCACUUCAGGAUUUUAAUCCAUGACGGCGUAGUGUGUUACUAAUGGUUUUCUUUGAGACUGUGGUCCCAGCUCUCUUCAGGUCAUUGACCAGGUCCUGCUGUGUAGUUCUGGGCUGAUCCCUCACCUUCCUCAUGAUCAUUGAUGCCCCACGAGGUGAGAUCUUGCAUGGAGCCCCAGACCGAGGGUGAUUGACCAUCAUCUUGAACUUCUUCUAUUUUCUAAUAAUUGCGCCAACAGUUGUUGCCUUCUCACCAAGCUGCUUGCCUAUUGUCCUGUAGCCCAUCCCAGCCUUGUGCAGGUCUACAAUUUUAUCCCUGAUGUCCUUACACAGCUCUCUGGUCUUGGCCAUUGUGGAGAGGUUGGAGUCUGUUUGAUUGAGUGUGUGGACAGGUGUCUUUUAUACAGGUAAUGAGUGGAGAACAGGAGGGCUUCUUAAAGAAAAACGAACAGGUCUGUGAGAGCCGGAAAUUCUUACUGGUUGGUAGGUGAUCAAAUACUUAUGUCAUGCAAUAAAAUGUAAAUGAAUUACUUAAAAAUCAUACAAUGUGAUUUUCUGGAUUUUUGUUUUAGAUUCCGUCUCUCACAGUUGAAGUGUACCUAUGAUAAAAAUUACAGACCUCUACAUGCUUUGUAAGUAGGAAAACCUGCAAAAUCGGCAGUGUAUGAAAUACUUGUUCUCCCCACUGUAGGUGUUCCUUUUGUCCAGGUGUGAAAGGGCAGUGUGGAGCGCAAUAGAGAUUGCAUCAUCUAUAGAUCUGUUGGGGCGGUAUGCAAAUUGGAGUGGGUCUAGGGUUUCUGGGAUAAUGGUGUUGAUGUGAGCCAUGACCAGCCUUUCAAAGCACUUCAUGGCUACAGACGUGAGUGCUAUGGGUUGAAACAUGUUGGUAUUACAGACUCUUACAGGGAAAGGUUGAAAAUGUCAGUGAAGACACUUGCCAGUUGGUCAGCGCAUGCUCAGAGUACACGUCCUGGUAAUCCGUCUGUCCCUGCGGCCUUGUGAAUGUUCACCUGUUUAAAGAUAUUAUUCACAUCGGCUACGGAGAGCGUGAUCACACAUUCGUCCGGAACAGCUGAUGCUCUCAUGCAUGUUUCAGUGUUACUUGCCUCGAAGCGAGUAACACUAAAAAUUGUUGCUAGACAACAAUUUUCAGGUCUUGCCAUAGAUUUUCAAACAUAUUUAAGUCAAAACUGUAACUCGGCCACUCAGGAACAUUCACUGUCUUUUGGGUAAGCAAUUCCAGUGUAGAUUUGUCCUUGUGUUUAAUGUUAUUGUCCUGCUGAAAGGUGAAUUAAUUCCCCGGUGUCUGGUGGAAAGCAGACUGAACCAGGUUUGCCUGUGCUUAGUUCCAUUCUGUUUCUUUUUUUUUAUCCUGAAAAACUCUCCAGUCCUUAGCGAUUACAGCCAUACCUAUAACAUGAUGCAGUCACCACCAUGCUUGAAAUUUGGAGUGGUACCCAGUAAUGUGUUGUAUUGGAUUUGCCCUAAACAUAACACUUUGCAUUCAGGACAAAAAGUUAAUUGCUUUGCCACAUUUUUUGCAGUAUUACUUUAGUGCCUUGUUGCAAACAGGAUGCAUGUUUUGGAAUGUCUUUAUUCUCUACAGGCUUCCUUCUUUUCACUCUGUCAAUUAGGUUAGUAUUGUGGAUUAACUACAAUGUUGAUCCAUCCUCAGUUUUCUCCUAUCACAGCUAUUCAACUCUGUAACUGUUUUAAAGUCACCAUUGGCCUCAUGGUGAAAUCCCUGAGCAGUUUCCUUCCUCUCCAGCAACUGAGUUAGGAAGGACGCAUGUAUCUUUGUAGUGACUGGGUGUAUUGCUACACUAUCCAAAGUGAAAUUAAUAACUUCACCAUGCUCAAAGGGAUAUUCAAUGUCUGCUUUUUAAAUUUUUGACCCAUCUACCAAUAGGUACCCUUCUUUGCGAGGCAUUGGAAAACCUCCCUGGUCUUUGUGGUUGAAUCUGUGUUUGAAAUUCAGUUUUGGACUGAGGGACUUUACAGAUAAUUGUAUGUGUGGGGUAUUGCACACAGAGGGAUUCCAUGCAAUUUAUUAUGUGACUUAAGCACAUUUUUAUUCCUAAACGUAUUUAGGCUUGCCAUAACAAAGGGGUUGAAUACAUAUUGACUCAAGACAUUUCAGCUUUUCAUUUGUAAUGAAAAUAAAAUUAAAAUGAAAAACACAAUUCCACUUUGACAUUAUGGGGUAUUGUGUGUUGGCCAGUGACCAAAAAUAUAUAAAUUAAAUUCAGUCUGUAAAACAACAAAAUGUGGAAAAAGUCAAGGGGUGUGAAUACUUUCUAAAGGCACACACACAAACACACAUCAGCAUACAUGCAAUGCAUCAACUCAUACACACACACACAUACUGUAAGCAUACAUGUACACACUCAUACACACACACACACCCCGUAAUCCCUAAAUUCUGGCGGUGACUCCCUGACCUCUUUCUGACUCUGACCUCUGUCCUAAUCAUCCUCAUCGUGUGUGUGUAUGUCUCUUUGUCAAAUCAAAUCAAAUCAAAUUGUAUUGGUCACAUACAUGUGUCUAGCAGAUGUUAUUGCGGGCGUAGCGAAAUGCUUGUGUUUCUAGCUCCAACAGUGCAGUAUAUCUAACAAGUUCCUUGUGUAAUGCUGUAUUUGUGUCUCUGUGUGUGUGUGUGUGUGUGUGUGUGUGUGUGUGUGUGUGUGUGUGUGUGUGUUCUAGGACGGGAAGUGUGAUGGAGCGCAGGGCCAUCACCCCUCCAGUGGGGUCCCCAGUGGGUCGACCCCUCUACCUCCCCCCCGACCGCCCGGUCCUCUCACUGGACAAGAUCGCCAAGAGAGAGUGUAAGGUACUGGUGCUGGAACCUGGAAGAGACUGAGAGACAAGGCGAGAGACAGGGAGAGGUAGUACUGGUGCUUGAGCCAGGUAGAAACAAUGACACUGUGAAGGAGGGAGGGAGUGAAGGAAGGAAGAAGGGAGACAAAGAGGAGAGAGAGAGACAUCUCUCAUGCUGAACAUUUCCUACAUCCUACAACAAGGCACGCGUGAACAAUGAUUUACCAGACAGACAGACAGUGAAUGACUGACUGUACGUGAGCCACAUCAUUUGAAGACACCGGAGAAGUUACUUUCAACAACAUCAUUUCACGUUUUUAUCUCAACAACAUUUCAAGUUUUUAUUUCACUUUAAGGUCAACAUUCCAUUUCAUUCCUUGUUUUAUUCCUUGUGUAAUGCUGUAAUGAAAUGUGUAAAUAAUUGUUAAGGUUUUAAACAGGGUGAAGACAGAACCAGACUAUUUGUAGCAAAGUUUUGGGCACUUUUUCACUGAAGAUUGCUGUGUUUUCUUUACAGGGUUAUGGUAGUAGUUAAUACCUUGUUAAUACAUGUUGUUAUACACUGGUAUACAUUUUACACAGUAUAUUGUUCUCUAACACGUUCCUGACAAAAUGUACUUGAUGUAACACUUGGAUGUUAGGAUAAUUUUGUUAGUAAAAAACUGGAUUCUCUAACGUGAUGGAUGUCAAACUUGUUAUAAGAAAAGCACCAGGGGACCACAGGGAAGGGGUUGAGUUCUGUUGCAUUGUGGAAUAACUCUAGCCUGGUCUCAGAUCUGUU